AUGACAGGACACGCUGAGAGCGAGGAGGACCCCCUCCUCAAGAAGGGCCAGUCGCCUAUCACGCGCAAAAUUGGGGAUACCGUCAUUUGCUGCUGCCUACCUCCGGCCAUGAUCGCUGCGUCGGCCACGCUGAUCCGUACCAACCAAUACUUGAUGCAGCCGGAUGUCUUCCCAUACCCCUUCAUCAUGGUCAUCAUGCACUGCAUCUUCUGCUCCCUCUUCGGUUUGCUGCUGCUGGCCCUGAAGCCCGCGCUCUUCCCGGCCCUCACCGAUCCGGACCGCAAGGUGGAGCUCUCCGCGUCCUUCUACAGCAGGGCCAUCUUGCCUAUUGCGAUCUGCUUCGCUGUUUCACUGGUCCUUAGCAACAUGGCCUACAAGUACUGCACCCUCGCCUUCCUGCAGAUGCUCAAGGAGAGCAAUAUUGUGAACAUCUACGUCAUGUCUCUGUUGGCCGGCAUUGAGAAGUUCUCCACAGGGCCAGCUGUGAUCCUGGUGACCAUGCUGCUGGCAACCUGGAGCUGCGUGGAGGGGGAGUUGAACUUCUCUUUGGCGGGCUUCUUGACACAGGGCACUGCCAGCCUCUGUGAAGCCGCCAAGACCAUCUUCCAGUGCCUGGUGCUGUCGGGCCCCAGGCGCCUGGACCCCUUGUCCACAGUGUUGGUGGUGAUGCCAAUGUGUGGAUUUCUGCUGAUGACCGUUGUGGUCUUCAACAACGUGGUCAUGCCUUUGAGCUUCGUGACGCAGCCACACCUCUCGGAGAUUGUCGCCAUGCGAUGGUACUUGGCCUUGAACAUCUCCAAUGCCUUCGUGCUGAAUGUCCUCAUCGCCAUGUUCCUGUCGUACCUGAGCCCUGUGGCCUACAUCCUCACGGGAAAUGUGAAGGAUAUCGUCAUUGUGCUGAUGUCUUCCUGGCUGAUGCAUGAGACGGUGAGCCACAUGCAGGUCUUCGGCUUCACGGUGCAGAUCUGCUGCGUCUGCGCCUGGUCCAUCGCGAAGCAGCAGAAGCAGAAGAGUGCGGAGCAGUCCGAGGAGACCAACUGA